AUGCUACAGUUUGUUAGGUCUGUUACAGCACUGGCUAGGUUAGCUGCUACUGCGCAGAGUGUGAGGCCGGCGCUUUCGUCGCUUCUUCCGCUGAAGAGAACAAUCAAUAGAAUUUUGUUUGAUCAUGACUCGAACAUUACAUACGGCAAGAUGAUACCAUUGUUGACCCAUAUUUACGAUAACCUAGCAACUCCUUCCAAGAUCGAAAUCCCCAAGAAUAUCCGCGGGUCCGAUUUGAUGGUGUUUCGUAAACUUUUGGCCACGAUACGAACUCAAACACAAUCGAUAAACAGCCAUCUCUUUGCAUUAGAGAAUGAGAUUGUUGAGCAAAGUGCUGAAAUGGGUGAUCUUGAUGCAAUUACCAUACUUGCAUUUGAAAAGAUUCGGCAAUACUUGAAGAGGGAAACCGUAGUUUCCCCAGCAGAUAAAGAAGAUUACCAAACUGCCCAAAAGUUAAUUGAGGAAUUGACUGAUUUGAAACAUCCCUUGGUGUUUAAACUCGCUGGCGAUUUAGCUUUAGAAAGGUCAAUGUGGGAUCAAGCUCAUUCCUAUUAUACUCAAUUUCUAAAAGUCGAAAACGAUACCAUCGAAGCAGGUCAUGUAUGUUACCAAUUGGGAUACUAUCAUUAUGCAAACCCCCAGCAGUCGAUCCGCGAUUAUAACCAAGCCAAAAGCUGGUUUUUGAAAUGUAUUGAGUUGACAGAUUUAGAUCUUUACUCAGUAAAGGCUCAUUACUAUGUAGGUCAAAUCUAUCUCAAUGAAUUAACAACCACCCCAAAAUCAGAGUCAGAGUCAAAAUCAGAGUCAGAGUUGAUCAAAAGAGCAAAAUACCAUUGGGAAAUAUCUGCUUCAAAGGGUCUCAUUGAAUCCUUUUCAAGUCUAGGCUUUUUAGAGAUGAAUAAGUUAAAUAAUUGCAUUUUGGCAAUAGAAUGGUUCAAAUUGGGUUUGGAGCUGGAUAGGACCGAUUGCUUAUGUUUAGUUGGACAGUUUGACUGUUAUUUCAAGAUGAAAGAAUGGCCACGUGCAAGGAAAAUAUGGAUGAACUUGAAUGACCUAAGAGAGAAAAUCGAGCUGGUGAAGAAGAAACUGGGCGGCGGUGGUGGAAGCAGCAACGACAUUGUGCCAGAGAAUAUGAGAGAGAGUUUCAAUAGAAAUGAUGCAUUAUUGAACAGUUUUUUUAGUGGUCGAGAAAAUGAGUUUAAGGAGUUGGAAGAGAGGGGAUACGGGUUGUAA